ACUGAUGAUGUUCGUCCUGGGCAGCUUCCUAAUGGUCCUGCCCACCUCCCCUGCCCACUCGUCACAUGGCGGGGGCAGGGGCAGGGCUAAGGCCAGGCCCGCAGGGUGAGGCGAGGGGGCUGGGAGCCCGAGCGCUCCCUCCAGGCGGUGCCCUGAAGGAGAAUCAUCAGGCAGCGGACAGAGGUGCCUGCUCCCCCGCUACCAGAUGCUGAUCUCCUGUUACUGGAAAACAGGAAUUAGCUUGUCUGCUUGAGGAUGUGGUUGGUUCUUUAGAAAAAGGAUAUACAAGAAAUUUGCGUGUAGACGGCCAGCUUCACUAUGCUGCCAACAGCUUCCAGCAGAAGAAGAGCGUUUGCAGCCAGAUAUUUCACCCGCUCCAAGAGCCUGGUGAUGGGGGAGCAGAGCCGGAGCCCCGGGCGGCCGCCCUGCCCCCGCAGACUGGGCCCCGUGCUGAAGGCCGGCUGGCUGAAGAAGCAGAGGAGCAUCAUGAAGAACUGGCAGCAGCGCUGGUUCGUGCUGCGUGGAGAUCAGCUUUUCUACUACAAGGACAAAGAUGAGACCAAGCCCCAGGGAUUUAUUUCUCUACAAGGAUCCCAGGUGACUGAACUUCUUCCUGGCCCCGAGGACCCGGGGAAGCACCUCUUUGAGAUCAGUCCAGGUGGUGCCGGGGAGCGGGAGAAGGUGCCGGCCAACCCCGAGGCGCUCCUGCUCAUGGCCAGCUCCCAGCGGGACAUGGAGGACUGGGUGCAGGCCAUCCGCCGGGUCAUCUGGGCCCCGCUUGGUGGAGGUACUGCCCGUAGCUCGCAUGCUCACCCUCUAGAACCCUUGUCUCCAGGGAUCUUUGGACAGCGCCUGGAGGACACAGUCCACCAUGAGCGCAAGUAUGGCCCCCGCCUGGCCCCCCUGCUGGUGGAACAAUGUGUGGACUUCAUUCGGGAGCGUGGACUCACUGAGGAGGGGCUCUUCCGCAUGCCGGGCCAGGCCAACCUGGUGAGGGACCUGCAGGAUUCCUUCGACUGUGGGGAGAAGCCACUAUUUGACAGCACAACAGACGUGCACACAGUGGCCUCCCUGCUGAAACUCUACCUACGGGAGCUCCCCGAGCCUGUGGUCCCCUUCGCCAGGUACGAGGACUUCCUCAGCUGCGCCCAGCUGCUCACCAAAGACGAGGGGGAGGGAACUCUGGAGUUGAUGAAACAAGUGAGCAGCCUUCCCCCGGCCAAUUACAAUUUACUCAGAUAUAUCUGCAAAUUUCUGGAUGAAGUUCAGUCCCACUCAAAUGUCAACAAGAUGAGCGUCCAGAACCUGGCAACUGUCUUUGGCCCUAACAUACUUCGACCACAGAUAGAAGACCCAGUGACCAUCAUGGAAGGCACUUCCCUGGUGCAGCACCUGAUGACCAUCCUGAUACGCAAGCACAGCCAGCUGUUCACUGCAAGGCCCACCGAAGGGCCAGCCUCCCCACGAGGAGCCCCAUCGUGCACCGUGGGUUGGGGCUCCGAGGAGGUCACGAGGGAUAGCCAGGCGGAGCCUGGCAGCCCCAGCGCCCCAGGUUUGCCCUCACAUAGGACCUCAUCCCUGGACGGGGCCACGGUGGCGGCGCUCUCAAGGACCUCUCCCUCGGGCCUGGGUGGCCGAAGCAGCCCUGCCACUGCUAGCCCUGGGAAGAAGGUGCAGACUCUGCCCAACUGGAAGUCUUCCUUCCGGCAGUCAGGGUCCCGGUCUGGGAGCCCCAAGGUGGGCAGCUCAUCCCUAGAGGUACCCAUCAUCUCCUCUGGCGGGAACUGGCUCAUGAACGGGCUGUCUUCCCUGCGUGGCCACCGUCGCGCCUCCUCUGGAGACCGGCUCAAGGACUCGGGCUCUGUGCAAAGACUUUCCACCUAUGACAACGUGCCCUCCUGCAGUCUCUUCCCCAGCACUCCCAGUGUGGCCAGCAUUGGGUGGUCUGGCGCCUCUUCCUGUGAGCCCUCGGUGGGGGGCUCAGUCAGCAGCUGCACUGCCUGCCGGGCCAGUGACUCAUCAGCCUGCAGCUCCCUGCACACCGAGGGACACCUUGAGCCCUCCCCCUUCCCCAGCAGCAGUGACGACCGCAGAUCCCCAGACUUGGGCCACAGCCUGGAGGAGGUGGGCACCUGCAUCAGCAGCAGUGAGCCCAGUGACCCAGGAAGCCCUAGUCAGGACCAUGCUCGCCAAUCCGAGACUCUUCAUACCCUGGUCACGGAGCUCAGGGCAGAGCUGUGUCGGCAGAGGACUGAAUACCAGACAAGUGUGAAAAGACUCGAAGAAAGUAGUGCUGAUCUGAGGAAACAAAUGUCACAGUUAGAAGAAGAACUGGACCAGGAGAAGAAAAAGUACACAAUGUUGGAAAUAAAGCUGAGGAACUCAGAGCGGGCACGGGAAGACGCAGAGAAAAGAAACCAGCUGCUACAGAAGGAAAUGGAGGAGUUUUUUUCAACUCUGGGGAACCUGACUGUUGGAACAAAAGGUGCCAGGGUUGCAAAGUAAAGGGCUGGGAAGAGCAUGCUUCUAUGGAGUCGCUCGCCCUCCCUUCAGCAGAGAUGCCAGAAGCCACUGCAGCCUCAGUGGUGCCAGGCUCUCCAGGCCCAGCUGGAGAGAUGUCCUGACACCUCAGGAAACUUCCAGGAGCCCUUGCCCCACAUGGCACCCCGUGCUUUUCCAACCAUGUCUGGUCUGGUGUCAAAGGACAUAGUCCAGUACCAACCUAAACAUGACCCCACAGCCCACCAGGACAUUUUGCAUUCUUUAUUAAAUUUUCUCUGGAACCAUGAUGCCUGAUGACUGACUCUUUUAUGGUCAUGUGAAAUGGGGGUUACCAAGUGACCUCUACAAUUUCUUGCAGACUUGAAAAUCCCCAAGUUAACCCCAUGAACGGAAUGGUUCAGGCCCUUCAGAAGCAGAGUAUCAAACACCCUGACUGGACCCAGCAUUGUCAGAGUCACUGAAACUAGACUUAAGCAAAUCCGUGAUUCAUUAUUCCUGUGCUCAAGGCAAGACAAUUUUCCCUCUAGCCACUGGGCUGGAUGGGUCUCUGCAGCCUGCUACCAUAAUCUGCUUUCUUGUACUUGGUCCAGCUCUGCGCAGAGCCGGGGCGUCCGAGUUGAGUCUGGGUGUUGUACUUUAUGCUUCCAAACCCUUGCUCUGCACAGGGAGAUAAGGCACGUGUCUGAAGGAGAGUGGCACGAAGAUACGGGAAGUGCCUGCCGUCUGGGUACCUAUGCCUUAGGCUCUGCCCGAUCUUCCGUCCAGUCUUCCGUUGAGCUAGCAUUUCUCCUCCUCCCAUAUGCAUUUGCCUUCCUCCUUCAGUUCAUCCUUAGGCUUCAAGGCCCCAUUAGGACAAGAUCCCUUUGGUGCCUUAGAGGGCAAUAAAGAGAUAGCCUCUGAGGCUAUCUAGGACUGACCUUGGGGGCACAGAAAAUGCUAGGGGUAGUGUCCCUUCACUAGCUGCUGCUCACAGCAUUCUUACAGAUUACCUCUAGCUGCCCCAAAUAGUAAAGUACCCUAAUUUCUGACCACUGUGUCUGAAAGUCAUUCAAACCUACAAUCCAUAGAAUGAAGUAUAAACUACUGUGCUGAUGUGCUUCUAGGAAGGGCUGGAUCCACACCAUGAGGUGCAAAGCCACAGGCUGGGGAAACCUCACUGUGGUGAAAGGCAUGCUGACCAUUGGCCACCUGCCAGCCACCAAGGACCUCAUCAGCCAGGAGGCCAGAUGCCUGAGGGCCCCAGCAGCAUUAACACUCAGAGCUCUAUUAGGGAAAUAACACAUGCAUUAGUUCUCAGAUUCCCUAUCAUCACAACUGGCAACCUAGGUGAUAGGCUUUACCUGGAGGUAAAAUUUUGCAUUCAUUCUAAGUUAUGGAGAAAGAGAAAAUAAUAUGAAGUGACUGGUUCCUCAAAACAACCCAGUGACAAGAAUAGGCUCCACGUUUCCCAUUCAGAAGGGAAACAGACUUGAAGAAAGGCAGGAACACCAGGGCAGUCCUACCAGCUCAAGAUCCUGUGCCACAUUUUAGAAUUCCACUGACUUUGACCUACAAAGGUACCACCAGGCUAUCAAAGGAGCAGAAAAGACCAAAGGAAUUCACAUGAUGAAAAAGAAGUUGUCUGACUUUUUAUUCACUAAUGUUGGCAAAGGUUCAGCUUCUGUUCAAGUCCUUGGUCAAAAUCAGCUCAUGAGCCACUUCUGCCACCUGCUGGCAGAACUCAAAUGUGCAAGUGUAAGUUUUAUUUAAAAAUUAAUUGGCAAUAUUCAGGAGAAAUUCUAUCCUAGUUUCCUUUAACAAGUAUUGUCCAUUUUUCUAAAAAACAUAUUGGAAUCAGCCUUUAAAGCACAGUGAGAAAUGAGACUAAGAGGUUCCCUGUCCCCAUCAUCCUCUUUGGUCCCCUCCCACUCUGUUUCUCUCCAGUUGAGUGUGCAUUUACAAAAACUAUUCCCAAACCUGUGGAUUCAAGCAGAACUUAUUAUUGUAAUGACAUUAUACUAAGUAAGCAAAUGAAAUAAA